AUGACGAUGAUGCUGCUCAUGUUGAUGUUGAUAUUGGUGGUGAUAAUCUCUGCCAGUUAUAAAUAUCCUAAAGAGCAGUCUAGUCCUAAACAGCUGUCUAGUCCUAAAAAGCAGUCUAGUCCUAAACAGCUGUUUAGUCCUAAACAGCAGUAUGGUCCUAACCAGCUGCCUAGUCCUAAACAGCAGUCUAGUCCUAAAAUGCUGUCUAGUCCUAAACAGCAGUCUAGUCCUAAGCAGCUGUCUAGUCCUAAACAGCCUCCUAAACAGCUGUCUAGUCCUAAACAGCUGUCUAGUCCUAAACAGCAGUCUAGCCCAAAACAGCUGUCUAGUCCUAAACGGCUAUCUAGUCCUAAACAGCUGUCUAUUCCUAAACAGCUGUCUAGUCCUAAACAGCUGUCUAGUCCUAAACAGCUGUCUAGUCCUAAACAGCUGUCUAGUCCUAAACAGCUGUCUAGUCCUAAACAGCUGUCUAGUCCUAAACAGCUGUAUAGUCCUAAACAGCUGUCUAGUCCUAAAAAGCAAUCUAGUCCUAAACAGCUUUCUAGUCCUAAACAGCUGUCUAGUCCUAAAUAG